GGUUUUACACCACAUCCAGCUCACGGGAACUGGGACUUUCAUUGUUGAGCCUGUGCCGAUAUAAAGGGCCCGUUGCUGCCUCCCGUGCAUGGGGUAAAUAUGUAUGGCUGUUAGAAUGCUAGUUGUACAAAGAUGGCGGAAACAGCACCGAGUUACAUUGAAGCGAUUCAAAAGUUAAACUUGACGCAGACAGGUUUCAAGGACCUACGGAAACGACGACCGCGAUCGAGUCCUUAUUCGAACAGCUCGUUCUUGGAUCGAAUGCGAACGUGGAUCGAAUGUCUGGACUACUCGAUCAGCGAUCUGGACCGACUCAACAUCGUUCAUGUUGCUGGCACAAAAGGAAAAGGAACCACCUGCGCUUAUGUCAAUUCGAUCCUCCAGCAAUAUCGCAUGUCAUAUGGAACGCCCCGUAAGGUUGGGCUGUUCACCUCUCCCCAUUUAAUCACUGUGCGCGAGCGAAUUCGUAUCAACUCCGAGCUCCUGUCGGAAGCGAAGUUUGCAAAGUACUUCUUUGAGGUCUGCAAUGCUCUGGAGCUUACCGCAGCAGCAGCAGCAGCAACACUGCGGGGCGGGCCUGGUGACACCCCUGCGAAGCCUUCAUACGCUCGAUUUCUCACCUUGAUGUCAUUCCACGAAGUCGGAGUUGGGGGGCAAUGGGAUUCCACCAAUGUUCUCGCGAACCCCGCGGUUACGGGGAUCAGCUUCCUCGGAAUCGACCAUGUCAAUGCGCUCGGGAAUACGAUCGAUCAGAUCGCGUGGCAUAAAGCGAUGGAUGCGCUGCAGGAUCGGGCCAUCGAAAGGGGAACCCAUCUUAACAUUGUUGAAGUACUCGCUGCGGUCCACGGCCUUGACAUCAAGCCUGCAGAGCACUUUCAGAGGCAAAAUGCUUCUCUCGCUAUUAGGUUGGCGGAAACCGUGCUCACAAGGCUCGGGGUUGCCGCCGCCGAUGAUUGCUGCGAGUCCGACAGACUUCCUGCUUUGUUUGGACAAGGGCUUGAGAACCUGGAUUGGAAAGGGAGAUGCCAGACCUUGGUCACGGGUCAGCAGCACUGGUAUCUGGACGGUGCUCACACCCACGAGAGCCUUGAAGUCGCCUGCUCUUGGUUUGGACGGGUAUCAGGGACCAGAAACCUGCCGCGGGUGCUAAUCUUCAACCAGCAGCAUUCAUCGAGGGACCCUAUCGCGCUACUCAGAACUGUUCAUCGUAUCAUAUACACCAAGCUUGGUGUUGUCUUUCAAUACGCGGUUUUCUGUGCGAAUAACACGUACACAGACCAGUCUUGCAAUCUUGAGUUGAUUAACCACAAUGUCAAUCCUGAUGCACUUCAGGGACUGAUCCUACAGAAGAAGUUAGCGACAGUCUGGAAAGAACUAGAUCCUGACUCGGAGGUGGCGUGGCUGCCCUCGAUUGAAGAUGCCGUUGACUAUGUCAAAGAGAUUCACAAUGGAGCUUCGAAGGAGCCAGGGGCUGAGAUUUUGGUUACGGGUAGCUUCCAUCUGGUUGGGGGGGGGGGGUGCUGUCACUUAUAG